AAGAAAGAAAGAAAGAGAGAAAGAAAGAAAGAAAGAAAGAAAGAAAGAAAGAAAGAAAGAAAGAAAGAGUAACUCCUGCGCCGAAAAGCAGCAAGAUCCGGGCAGCCGCUCCUAGUUUGGAUCCUCGGGAAUAAAUCCCGGGGUGGGGGCGGGAGUUGGACCCCUUCCUUGCCAAGAGGGGCGCGCCUUCGCGUCACUGCUCCUUCUUCUCCGGGGUUCCUCCGAGGUAGCCGCCCGCCGCAAUCGGCGCUUGGAGAAGAGCCGCCCCGUGGAUCGCAGGGCCCUCGGCGGCGGCGGCGGCGGAAGGCGGAGGAGCGAGCCUGGUGAGCGCGCCAGCGAGCGCGCGCCUGGGGAGGCCGGUCCCCCUCCCUUCCCGCCCCGGAGCCUGUCCUUAGGGAGGGGUGGGGGCGCUCGGUAGCCGUCGAUGACCGCAGGGCUGCUGCUGCGCGCUCCUGCCUCUCGCCCGCCGCCCCCGCCGCCGCCGUUGCCCGAGGCCGGGGCGCUUGCUAUGUCCGCAGCCUCCGACAAGCCCCAGCCGCCGCUCGGACCCGCCGCCGCCAUGGAGGCCGCCUCGUCCACCAGUUCCUCGACGCCCAGCAGCAGCGGCGGAGGCGGUGGCGGAGGAGGCGGCGGCGGCCCCAAGCCCAAGAAGAGCAACGCGGGCAUCCGCCGCCCGGAGAAGCCGCCCUACUCCUACAUCGCGCUGAUCGUGAUGGCCAUCCAGAGCUCGCCGUCCAAGCGGCUGACCCUGAGCGAGAUCUACCAGUUCCUGCAGGCGCGCUUUCCCUUCUUCCGCGGCUCCUACCAGGGCUGGAAGAACUCGGUGCGCCACAACCUCUCGCUCAACGAGUGCUUCAUCAAGCUGCCCAAAGGGCUGGGCCGGCCGGGCAAGGGCCACUACUGGACCAUCGACCCGGCCAGCGAGUUCAUGUUCGAGGAGGGCUCCUUCCGACGGCGACCCCGCGGCUUCAGGAGGAAAUGCCAGGCCUUAAAGCCCAUGUACAGCAUGAUGAACCUGAAUUUCAACCACCUCCCCGACAGCUACGGCUUCCAGGGACCCUCCUGCCCGCCCAGCGGCCUGCCCUUGGACGGCGGCGCCCUGGGGAUGGUCAACGUGGACGGCAUGGGCCUGGCCACCCACUCCGUGCCCCACUUGCCUUCCAACGGCGGCCACCACGCCUACAUGAGCAGCUGCGGCGGCGGGGGAGCCGGGGCCGCCUCGGCCGGAGGGGACUACGGCCACCACGACGGCUCGGUGCCCGCUUCCCCGCUGCUUCCCGGCGGAGGGGUGAUGGAGCCCCACUCGGUUUACUCCGGCACGGGCCCCUCGGCUUGGGCGCCCUCGCCCGCCCCCGGCUUGAACGGCGGCGCCUCCUACAUCAAACAGCAGCCCCUCUCGCCUUGCAACCCGUCGGGCAACCCGCUCUCGUCCGGCCUCUCCUCGCACUCCUUGGAACAGCCCUACCUGCACCAGAACAGCCACAACGCUGCCGAACUUCAAGGAAUCCGGUACCAUUCCCAGUCUCCGAGUAUGUGCGAUCGGAAAGAAUUCGUCUUCUCCAUCAACGCCAUGGCGUCCUCUUCUAUGCAUUCAGGAGGCAGUGGCUCCUACUACCACCAGCAAGUCACAUAUCAAGACAUCAAACCUUGCGUGAUGUGACAAUGAUGCUGGGGAGUCCAGCUUCCUCGGGGAGGAGAGAGAAUCCCGAGGGAUCUGUGUGAAAACUCUGUGGGACUUCCUGCUGCAACUCUUCGUUGGGAGCCACAAGGCCUCCCCAGAAGUUUGUCUGUUAGUUGUUCAUGAGGUAUAUAAAUAUUCAAGGCGUCAAUGGAAGGAACACUGCUCUGUCUUUCGGCAAAGGUGAUGCAUUUUGUGCGUCUUUGGGAGGGGCGGACCCCCCCAAAUGCCCAGCGUUGCUUCUUUCAUCCUGGGAGGACCCCUCUCCCAACCCCCCCAGCCCUGAGACUUGCUACACCCCUUUCCGAGAACCACUUUCGGAUUCCUUCUUCCAGAUCUAAAUCCAGCCCCUUUCCAAAGAUAUACCCUGCCCCUUCCCCACUCCAGCAUGUAAUGUUCCAUUUUAAUGAGCCUGGAUGAGAAUGGAUUUUAAAUGUGGAGGGACUUACAAGAAAGGAACAACUUGAAGAACAAUCCCUCUGACAGCAACUGACCAGACUUUUUUUUUGGAGAGUUCUUCAUUUGGCAAAGGUUGGCCUGUCGUUCUGGCUUUUCGGGCUUGGCACUAUGGAGAAAAUAUAUUCUACUCUCUAUGUCUUUGACCCCUCGUCCUUUAAGGCUUUCUUCCAAAACCGUGUGUUGUUUUCCAUCGUUUUCUCUAUCUGAAGGGUUGGUGAGGUUUUUGAAAGAUGAGCCUCGCGGACACACAAGCCCGCAGACAGACCACAGCCUAGCAAAAUAGGAUUGGGACCGACCACCUUGUACAACGGGCCUGAUGUUCUAAAACUCACUUUCCUUCUGGCUAUACAAAAAGCCUAUUUUAAAUAUUAAGUACAAAAUUACAAAAGCACUUUGAGAAAUAAAGGUUGAAAAUGGGAAUAAAAAAAGACUAACAAGGCUCACAUGCUUAUUUAUUCAAACUUUUUUUAAAAUAAAUCCCAACAGCAGCCUUGAUCGAGCAGUAUUAGAAUGGUUCAUGUGCCGGCAAUAUUUGCUGUAAAAAAUUGUAUGGAUGAGGAAAGCUGUGUGACUGUUAGUGGGAAUGUAUGUUUCAAAAAAUAGUGGCAAAUAUCAAACAGCCGUAGGGCACAAUGACCCCUGCGAUUUAUUGAAACGAAGGAUGCUUUUGGGGGGGAAUAAAUUUAUUCUUUUUUUUUUUUGCCUGAGAAUAGAUCUUUUAGAAGACACACCGAUUUUAAAUUUUAUUCUGCACUGUAUAAAAAAUGUAAUUAUGGCAGAAGGGGUCUAGUCCCUCUAUUUUUGUGUACAUUCUUUUUUUUUAAAAAAAUGGAAUGCAAAUAUUUUUUUUUUAAAUGUGUGGUAUUCGUACACCUCGGACACAAAUUGUAUAAACUGUAAAUAAAUCAGUGUGACAUA